AGUCCACUGCAGAUCAUAUUAAUUCCAUUUGUGAGAUGUCGUCAAGAAAGCCUUUUGCUGAAUUGUCACGUAGGCAGCAACAAAGAAUAGUUUCUAGGUGUUUGGCGAAUCAUAAAUUGGAAAGUCAGCACCCAGAAAUUGAGCAAAUAGAAAAUAGUCCAUCUCAGUCACCGGUCACUACACCGGCUGCUUUACCAAAUAGGAGUAAUGCUGACACCUCUGCAUCGGUACCAAGGAAGUGCUCUGUUCAGCAGCGUGGGGCUCUCCUAGAGGAAUGGAUGGAACGCAUCGAACGUAUCGUGCAAGAGCAAAAGAAGGAUCAGAAAACAAUAAUAAAUAAAAUGGAAAGGAUUGAACGGCAACUGAGUCACCUAAUUUCCUUGGCGGAAAUCAAAUCUCUGGGCGCCUCUGAAGCUCUGCAGGCGCCAGCCACUUCCAUGACGGAAUUGGACAAUAUUGCUAAGGAUCCAAACCUGAUUCAAAAAUUACAACCAUACAUCGGAUGCAACUCGAAGAUGACUGUGAGGAGAGUCCUUAAGCGCUGCAUGACACGCGAUUUGGCACUUCACUUCAGCUUUACUGGUUUAGGAGAGAGACGAACUGUCUCAAAACAAGCAUUUGGGAGUCACCUUCUAUGCACGCGAAUUCUAGGUGAUGCCGCUGCUUUGCAGAUGAAUGAUACUAGGGAGGUGCUGGUUGCCCACAUCCAGGCCGCACUCCGAGGUGCGCGUGAUUGGGACGGAGGGAGAAAGUUGCGGCUUGAUGCUGCUGCAUCUCUUUCGGGUGUCGGUUCAUCACCUCUCCGUGCUACAGUAUCAACUGCAGGUUUAUUUUCUUGUACAUCACCUGCUGGAUCAAGCGGCGGUCCAGGUAGUCCUGUCUUCCUACCAUCGAGCUUUUAAAUUCCCGAUAUUGAGGGAGCUGGCGCUGCAGCCAUAACUUUCGAUGAAGUCUAACAGCCUAGUCUCUCUGCAGGGAACUCGACAACUGGUGAUGUAUGGAAUGAUUCCAUUGACAGCUAGGAAAUGUCACGUUUAAGUGUGUUAUCAUGAUUAACUGUUUUGCAGUGACAUUAUUAAGGUAGCAAAAUUGGUGGGAUCUGCUCGUGGCCAGUAAAUCUAGUGUCUCUCCUUGAUUAAUUCUUAGCAUAUGAUCCUAAUUUAAUGUCGUGCCAUACUGAGGUAAGCUCAUUGACUGAGAUAGACUAAAUUGAACCGAGGUGAAAACUAGAAUGAAUUAUUCUCACGGUGUAUUACUUGUUCAACUGUCGACUAAC